CUAAGAUCGCCAAGUCGCUCUUUUGACACACACCGUACCGCAUCGUACUCCAGGGUUGUUGCUCGUAGGGCUAAGAAUGAGACACCCACCCAGUGAGAGAGCACAGGGGGAGGGGAAAGAGGUGUGUGAGAGCGAGAGAGAGACAGCGAUCCACCAUCCUGGGACGUUGUCACACCCAAGGGAAAAUCAAUGUGUCUGUCGUAUGCUGUGUUACAUGCUUAUUUUUUUUUUGCGUUAUGGUGUUACAGGACAUGCUGUAGUAUGGUAUGUAUGUACAUGACCCUGGAAAGUGGCACUGACCCUGAAAAAAAGUGCCAUGCAGGGAAAGGAUCGGGAACUCCCAAAUCUAGGGUGGUACAGAUGCAUGACCUGGACGCCAUUCCCCCAGCUAGACGCAGAGGUGGUUUCACAAGCCCCUGCUGGGAAGUGGGAGGGAGACGAAGAAGCUCCGUGCUUUUUAUUGCAUACACAUAUGUACUUGUGCUUGUGCUUGUGCUUGUGCUUGUACACUAUGCACAUGUACAACGGUCCAAAAAACUGAGGCUGCGAAACAUGUUGGCAUCUGGAACAACAUACGGCUGACUAUUUAAGCGUUUGCUGUCACGGCAGUGAUUCAAUGCAUUAGCCGAGGAGGAAGCAACGAUUGGUGCAAAUCAG